AUGUCCGGUUAUCCACAAGGCCACUACGAUGAUGGCUACGGCCAUCAGGCCGCCCCCCAUGGAGACUCCUACUACCAGGAUGACCAUGGUCAGGCCUAUUAUGACAAUCAUGAUUACGGCGACGGUUAUUAUGAUAGAGGUGGCUACUACGAUGGUGGUGCUGGCGCGUAUCACGGCGGUGAUGCCGGGUACUAUGAUGCCGGUCACCACGACGAGUACUAUGGCGACCAAUACUACGACCAAGGCGGCGCCCAAGGCUACGGCAGAAGACGCCGGGGCGAUUCUGAAGAGGACUCGGAAACCUUCAGCGAUUUCACCAUGAGGUCCGAAACCGCUCGUGCCGCCGAUAUGGACUACUAUGGCCGUGGCGAUGAACGCUACAACAGCUAUGCCGAUAGCCAGUAUGGCCGCGGCUAUGGCUACCGUCCCCCCUCCUCGCAGAUCUCUUACGGCGCCAACCGGUCGUCUGGUGCCUCGACCCCCGUCUAUGGCAUGGACUACGGGAAUGCCCUCCCUGCUGGCCAGCGAUCCCGUGAGCCCUAUCCCGCCUGGCCCUCUGACGGACAGGUUCCCGUCUCCAAGGAAGAGAUCGAAGACAUCUUCCUAGACUUGGUGAACAAGUUCGGUUUCCAGCGAGACAGCAUGCGCAACAUGUACGACCAUCUCUUGACCCAGCUCGACUCGCGUGCUUCCCGCAUGACUCCGAACCAGGCCCUCCUGUCUCUUCAUGCGGACUAUAUCGGCGGUGACAACGCCAACUACCGCCGCUGGUACUUUGCCGCCCAUCUCGACCUGGACGAUGCCGUCGGAUUUGCCAACAUGAAGCUCGGAAAGGCCGAUCGGAAGACCAGAAAGGCCCGCAAGGCCGCCAAGAAGAAGGCUCAGGAGAACCCCGAGAACGUCGAAGAGACCCUGGAAGCUCUCGAGGGUGACAACAGCCUCGAGGCUGCGGAAUACCGGUGGAAGACGAGGAUGAACCGCAUGUCCCAACACGACCGGGUGCGUCAGGUCGCCCUCUACCUGCUCUGUUGGGGUGAAGCCAACCAGGUCCGGUUCCUGCCGGAGUGUCUCUGCUUCAUCUUCAAGUGCGCAGACGACUAUUACAACUCGCCCGAGUGCCAGAACCGCGUGGAACCGGUCGAAGAGUUUACUUAUCUGAACGAGGUGAUUACUCCUCUCUACCAAUUCUGCCGUGACCAGGGUUACGAGAUCAUGGAUGGCAAAUACGUCCGCCGUGAACGCGACCACAACCAGAUCAUCGGUUACGAUGAUAUGAACCAACUCUUCUGGUACCCCGAAGGUAUCGAACGCAUUCAGUUGGAAGACAAGACCCGCCUCGUCGAUAUCCCGGCGGCCGAGAGAUGGACCAAGCUGAAGGAGGUGAACUGGAAGAAGGCGUUCUUCAAGACUUACAAGGAGACGCGUUCCUGGUUCCACAUGAUUACCAACUUCAACCGUAUCUGGGUUAUUCACUUGGGUGCCUUCUGGUUCUUCACGGCCUACAACGCUCCCACUCUGUACACCAAGGAUUACAAGCAGCAAGUCAACAAUAAGCCGCCGGGUGCCUAUUACUGGUCGGCGGUCGGCUUUGGUGGUGCCCUUGUCUCAUUCAUCCAGAUUCUGGCCACCCUGGCGGAAUGGCUGUAUGUCCCGAGACGGUGGGCAGGUGCUCAGCACCUUACCAAGCGGUUAAUGUUCCUCCUCGCAGUCUUCGUUGUCAACUUGGCCCCUGGUGUGGUCGUGUUUGGAUUUUCCAGCAGCAUGAAUAAGACGAUUCCUCUGGUCAUUGGUAUUGUCCACUUCUUCAUCGCUCUGGCAACCUUCUUCUUCUUCGCCGUCAUGCCUCUGGGCGGUUUGUUCGGCAGCUACUUGAAGAAGCAUGGUCGUCAAUACGUCGCCAGUCAGACUUUCACUGCCAGCUUCCCGCGUCUGGUGGGCAACGAUAUGUGGAUGUCCUACGGUCUCUGGGUCUGUGUCUUUGGUGCCAAGCUGGCCGAAUCCUACUUCUUCCUGACUCUGUCCUUCAAAGACCCUAUCCGGAUUCUGUCUCCCAUGAAGAUCCGGCAGUGUGCUGGUGUGACCUACAUCCCCAACCAGUUGUGUCACGCCCAGCCCCAGAUCCUCCUGGGUCUCAUGUUCUUCAUGGACUUGACACUGUUCUUCCUGGAUAGUUACCUGUGGUACAUUAUCUGUAACACGGUCUUCUCGGUGGCGAGAUCUUUCUACCUUGGUGUGUCCAUCUGGUCGCCCUGGAGGAAUAUCUUCUCCCGUCUCCCCAAGCGUAUCUACUCCAAGGUCCUUGCCACCACCGACAUGGAAAUCAAGUAUAAGCCCAAAGUCUUGAUUUCCCAGGUCUGGAACGCGGUCAUUAUCUCUAUGUACCGUGAGCACCUCCUGGCCAUCGACCACGUGCAGAAGCUCCUCUACCAUCAGGUCCCGUCCGAGCAGGAAGGAAAGCGUACAUUGCGUGCCCCUACCUUCUUCGUUUCCCAGGAAGACCAGUCUUUCAAGACCGAGUUCUUCCCCCCCGGUAGUGAGGCGGAACGUCGUAUCUCUUUCUUUGCUCAGUCGCUCUCCACUCCCAUGCCUGAACCCCUGCCAGUCGACAACAUGCCCACCUUCACUGUCCUGAUCCCCCACUACAGCGAAAAGAUCCUGCUCUCGCUCCGUGAAAUUAUUCGCGAAGACGAGCCUUACUCGCGCGUCACUCUGUUGGAGUACCUCAAGCAGCUACACCCGCACGAGUGGGAUUGCUUCGUCAAGGACACUAAGAUUCUGGCAGAUGAAACGUCCCAGUUCAACGGCGAAUAUGAGAAGAGCGAGAAGGAUGUCGCCAAGAGCAAGAUCGAUGAUCUGCCCUUCUACUGCAUUGGUUUCAAGUCCGCUGCUCCCGAGUAUACCCUCCGUACCAGAAUCUGGUCCUCCCUGCGCUCGCAGACUCUGUACCGUACGGUCUCCGGUUUCAUGAACUACAGCCGUGCCAUCAAGCUUCUGUAUCGUGUGGAGAACCCUGAGGUUGUCCAAAUGUUCGGUGGGAACUCGGAGAAAUUGGAGCGGGAAUUGGAGAGAAUGGCUCGCCGCAAGUUCAAGAUCUGUGUGUCCAUGCAACGUUAUGCCAAAUUCAACAAGGAAGAGCGGGAGAACACCGAGUUCCUCCUGCGCGCCUACCCAGACCUUCAGAUUGCCUACCUGGAUGAGGAACCCCCUGUCAACGAGGGUGAGGAACCCCGUCUGUACUCUGCUUUGAUCGAUGGACACUGCGAGCUUCUCGAGAACGGAAUGCGCAAGCCCAAGUUCCGGAUUCAGCUCUCUGGUAACCCCAUCUUGGGUGACGGCAAGUCUGACAACCAGAACCACGCUAUCAUUUUCUACCGCGGUGAAUACAUCCAAGUUAUCGACGCCAACCAGGACAACUACCUGGAAGAGUGCCUGAAGAUCCGCAGCGUCCUGGCUGAGUUCGAGGAACUGACCACGGAUAACGUCUCUCCUUACACUCCCGGUAUUCCUUCUGACAACACCACUCCCGUUGCCAUUCUCGGUGCUCGUGAAUACAUUUUCUCCGAAAAUGUCGGCGUGCUUGGUGACGUUGCUGCCGGUAAAGAACAGACGUUCGGUACUUUGUUUGCUCGUACGCUUGCGCAGAUCGGCGGAAAGCUGCAUUAUGGUCACCCUGAUUUCCUCAAUGGUAUUUUCAUGACGACCAGAGGUGGUAUCUCCAAAGCGCAGAAGGGUUUGCAUCUGAACGAAGAUAUCUACGCUGGUAUGACUGCUCUGUGCCGUGGUGGUCGCAUCAAGCACUGCGAGUACUUCCAGUGUGGUAAGGGUCGUGAUCUUGGUUUUGGUUCUAUUCUGAACUUCACCACCAAGAUUGGAACCGGUAUGGGUGAGCAGAUGCUGUCCAGAGAGUACUAUUACCUCGGUACCCAGCUUCCCCUCGAUCGCUUCUUGUCGUUCUACUAUGCUCACCCUGGAUUCCACAUCAACAACAUGUUCAUUAUGCUUUCGGUGCAAAUGUUCAUGAUUGUCCUCGUUAACCUGGGUGCCCUGAAGCAUGAGACCAUCAUCUGCCGUUACAACUCGGAUCUUCCCAUUACUGAUCCCCUGCGUCCGACUGGCUGUGCCAACCUGGUGCCGAUCGUGGACUGGGUGAACCGCUGUGUCAUUUCCAUUUUCAUCGUGUUCUUCAUCUCGUUCGUGCCUCUGGCUGUCCAGGAACUCACGGAAAGAGGUGUGUGGCGUAUGGCUACUCGUCUCGCCAAGCACUUUGGCUCUGUCUCCUUCAUGUUCGAGGUGUUUGUGUGCCAGAUUUACGCCAAUGCUGUGCACCAGAACCUUUCAUUCGGUGGUGCUCGCUACAUCGGUACCGGACGUGGUUUCGCUACCGCUCGCAUUCCGUUCGGUGUGUUGUACUCGCGUUUCGCGGGCCCUUCGAUCUAUGCCGGCGCCCGGUCCCUGAUGAUGCUUCUGUUCUCGACUUCCACCGUCUGGACCGCGUCGUUGAUUUGGUUCUGGGUGUCUCUGCUCGCCUUGUGCAUUUCGCCGUUCCUGUUCAACCCCCACCAAUUCGCGUGGAAUGACUUUUUCAUCGACUACAGGGACUAUCUCCGUUGGCUCUCGCGUGGUAACUCCCGGUCGCAUGCCUCCUCUUGGAUCGGGUUCUGCCGUCUGUCCCGUACCCGCAUUACUGGUUACAAGCGCAAGCUCCUCGGUGUUCCCUCCGAGAAAGGAUCCGGUGAUGUUCCCCGGGCUCGCAUCACGAACAUCUUCUUCAGUGAGAUCAUUGCCCCUCUGGUGUUUGUCGGUGUCACUCUUGUGCCUUACCUUUAUAUCAACUCCCGCACUGGUAAGACCAACGACAACAGCAAGGCGUCGAAUGCCAUCAUUCGAAUUGCCAUUGUUGCCUUUGGUCCGAUUGGUAUCAAUGCCGGUGUGGCAGGCGCUUUCUUCGGUAUGGCUUGCUGUAUGGGUCCGAUUUUCAGCAUGUGCUGCAAGAAAUUCGGUGCGGUCCUUGCUGCUAUCGCACACGCCAUCGCCGUCAUUGUGCUGCUGGCGAUCUUUGAAGUGAUGUUCUUCCUUGAGUCCUGGUCUUGGCCCCGGUGUGUCCUCGGAAUGAUCGCCAUGGUUGCGAUUCAACGCUUCGUCUACAAGCUCAUCAUUUCCCUGGCCUUGACUCGUGAAUUCAAGCAUGACCAGUCGAACAUUGCCUGGUGGACUGGCAAGUGGUACAGUAUGGGUUGGCAUUCGCUGUCUCAGCCGGGUCGUGAGUUCCUGUGCAAGAUCACCGAACUGGGAUACUUCUCCGCCGACUUCGUUUUGGGUCACCUUAUCCUCUUCAUUAUGCUUCCCGCCCUUUGCGUUCCUUACAUGGACAAAUUCCAUUCGGUCAUGCUGUUCUGGCUUCGACCAAGCCGUCAAAUCCGCCCUCCCAUUUAUUCUUUGAAGCAAUCUAAGCUGCGCAAGAGACGCGUCAUUCGCUUCGCCAUCCUCUACUUCGCCAUGCUUGUCUUGUUCUUGGUUCUUCUCAUCGCCCCGCUCAUUGCCCGGAACAUGAACAUCUUGAAGAACUUUAAGAGCUUCCCCAUGGACCUCUUGCAGCCGCUUGAUGCCGACAACAACGACACCACUACCUACUACACUGGUGCCGGUCUGCCUGCCGGCUUUGUGGCUGAGUCGUCUGCAGCUGCGUCUACUACUUCUUAA